GGACAGUUGGGCAGUCGAGAAGGGCAGAAAGGACAGCGCUGGUGGGUGGAUGGGGCAGAGAUAUUAGUCCUCUUCUUCCUGGGUGUGAGUGAGGAGGCGGACGGGGAUCCCGAGAGGCAAGGAGGACAGAGAAGGAAAAGGAGAGUGCUCUUCGGUCAAUUGCCACCUCCUGCCUUCAAACUCAGCGAGUUUUCCUUGCGGCAAGCACGCUGGGGUCGGGGCGCGCGAGUGCGCGCCUUAGCCGCCCGCGUGCAGCCAGGUGGGUAGCCCCAGCACCGGAGGAAGGGGAAGUUACCUUCCCCUCGGAAGAGGGCGCUGGCUCCCCCAUCCUGCCUUUAUAUUAAGGCCGCGGGAGGAGAGGAAGCAGCCAGCUGCCGUCUGCGCUUUGCAAAGCAUGCAGUUAGGGGAGCAGCUCUUGGUGAGCACGGUGAACCUGCCCGGCGCUCACUUCUACCCGCUAGAGAGCGCGAGAGGCGGAGGCAGCGGGAGCGCAGGCCACCUCCCUGGCGCGGCCCCCUCGCCUCAGAGGCUGGACUUAGACAAAGCGCCCAAGAAGUUCCCUGGCAGCCUCUCGUGCGAGACUGGGAGCGGGGAACCCACAGCAGCCAGCGCGGGGGCCCCCGCGGCCAUGCUCAGUGACGCCGACGCCGGGGACGCCUUCGCCAGCGCCGCGGCAGUGGCCAAACCCGGGCCCCCGGACGGCCGCAAGGGCUCCCCCUGCGGGGAGGAAGAGCUGCCCUCUGCCGCGGCCGCCGCCGCCGCCGCCGCCGCCGCGGCCGCCGCCUACAGCCAGGGGGCUCCGCUCUAUGGGCCGUACCCUGGGGCUGCAGCUGCGGGUUCCUGCGGAGGACUGGGGGGGUUGGGGGUUCCUGGUUCCGGCUUCCGUGCCCACGUCUACCUGUGCAACCGGCCUCUGUGGCUCAAGUUCCACCGCCACCAAACCGAGAUGAUCAUUACGAAACAGGGCAGGCGCAUGUUUCCUUUCUUGAGCUUCAACAUAAACGGACUCAAUCCCACUGCCCACUACAACGUGUUCGUAGAGGUGGUGCUGGCGGACCCCAAUCACUGGCGAUUCCAGGGGGGCAAGUGGGUGACCUGUGGCAAAGCGGACAAUAACAUGCAGGGCAACAAAAUGUAUGUUCACCCAGAGUCUCCUAAUACUGGUUCCCACUGGAUGAGACAGGAGAUUUCUUUUGGGAAAUUAAAACUCACCAAUAACAAAGGCGCAAACAACAACAACACCCAGAUGAUAGUCUUACAGUCUUUACACAAGUACCAACCCCGGCUGCACAUUGUUGAAGUUACAGAGGAUGGUGUGGAGGACUUGAAUGAGCCCUCAAAGACUCAGACCUUUACCUUCUCGGAAACACAGUUCAUUGCAGUGACUGCCUACCAGAACACUGACAUAACUCAACUAAAGAUUGACCAUAACCCCUUUGCAAAAGGCUUCAGGGACAACUAUGAUUCCAUGUACACCGCUUCCGAAAAUGACAGGUUAACUCCAUCUCCCACGGAUUCUCCUAGAUCCCAUCAGAUUGUCCCUGGAGGUCGGUACGGCGUUCAGUCCUUCUUCCCGGAGCCCUUUGUCAACACUUUACCUCAAGCCCGAUAUUAUAAUGGCGAGAGAACCGUGCCACAGACCAACGGCCUCCUUUCACCCCAACAGAGCGAAGAGGUGGCCAACCCUCCCCAGCGGUGGCUUGUCACGCCUGUCCAGCAACCUGGGACCAACAAACUAGACAUCGGUUCCUAUGAGUCUGAAUAUACUUCCAGCACCUUGCUCCCAUAUGGUAUUAAAUCCUUGCCCCUCCAGACGUCCCACGCCCUGGGGUAUUACCCUGACCCAACCUUCCCUGCCAUGGCAGGGUGGGGAGGUCGAGGUUCUUACCAGAGGAAGAUGGCCGCUGGACUCCCAUGGACCUCCAGAACCAGCCCCCCUGUGUUCUCUGAAGAUCAGCUCUCCAAGGAGAAAGUCAAAGAAGAAAUUAGCUCUUCCUGGAUAGAGACACCCCCUUCCAUCAAGUCUCUCGAUUCCAAUGAUUCUGGGGUAUACACCAGUGCUUGUAAGCGAAGGCGGCUGUCUCCUAGCACCUCUAGCAAUGAAAAUUCUCCCUCCAUAAAGUGUGAGGACAUUAACGCCGAAGAGUACAGCAAAGACACCUCAAAAGGCAUGGGGGGGUAUUAUGCUUUUUACACCACUCCCUAAAGAGUUACUUCAACUUCGUAAAAAUGAGCUAACUUUUUGCAGAUGGACUUGGUGGUGUUUUUUGUUGUCUUCUUUGCCUAGGUUUGCCAAAAAGACGUUUGCAUUCCACCAUGAUGCAUCCUGUUUUGUGCAAUCCUCUAAAAGAAGGUGCCAAAGCUUUUUGAUUGCUGCAGGUAACUGAAACAAGCCUGGCAAUUUUUUGUUUCUUUUUUAAAUAAAAUUACGGAAGGACUUUAAAGUGUUUUAAAAUUCCAAGGUUAUUUGAGGUUCUGGAUCUAUUUAUUGGAGGCACUAAACAUUCAGAGAAUCGGGCUGUGAAGAUUGAGUGCUGAGCGCUAUCCGAUGAGUUGAAAGCCUCGGUUCUCAUUUCUAUUUGUGAAUCUGUAAGCAAAGAGAAUCCCAGAGUGGUAAGAUGUUUUGCUUCUGGAAGAAAAGGGCUGGGCCUUAAGCUUCAACAAGGGACUUUUUGCUGUUACUUUCUGCUGGGGACAAAAGAUGCUAGGCCUAGGAGGUGAGAAAAACUUUCCUGAAGGUGCUGGUUUUACCUGACUUGGAUUCCUCCUAGGCUUUGGAAACAAGCCAUGUUUGCCCUAGUUCAGGAUCGCCUCACUUGCCAGGCCUCUGCUGCGUGCCGGGGUGGCCAGUAGGACUCAGGAGAGGGCAGGCAAGAGGGAGUCGCCAAAAAAGAAAAAAAAGAGAGAAUUUUAAAGUGUACAAUUUUGUGUGUGCUUAGAUACACCGUAGAAUAAUGUGGGAUAUAUUGUACAAAUAGUCUACAUACGUGUCUGAGAUCAUGUAACAUUGGUGCUUUGGCUUUGUAAAGAAUUUCCAGAUCACCUGACAACAGUUGCAGGGGCAGGGGGAUUGGUUCUCUCAUCAUCCCUGAUGUUUGGGAAUAUUCUGUUUACUUCUUAGAUAGUUAAGAAUGUAUUCAGCUACUCUGUACUAACUUGAAACGUGUUUAAGGAAAACUAUCUCACCCUCUUGCCAUCCCCCUACCCAACUCGGUAAUGUGAAGAAACUAAAACCUGAUGCCACAGCUCCUAUAGGCUUUUUAGAGAUCUUGGAUUUUUAUGUACAGUCUUAGUCAUUUUUAAUAAAUGUGGUUCAUUAAGGGAACCGGCAUAGC